CGCCGCCAUUUUGCUCCUGGAGAGGCUUCCUGGAUUGCCGGCGCUUUCUUCCUUCGGCAGCGGAGGCUGCGGCGGGGCCGGGGCUGGGGUCGGGGCCAGGCUAUAAAUUGUUUUCCAAACAAAGCUUGUUUACAAUCAAAAUUUUUCAAGAUCCGGGUGUUUGUACACGUGUCAGUUCAGCCUCGCAGCCUGGUUGAGGGCUCACUGCAGGCGAUUCAGCUGGGGUUCAAGUCACUUUCUGCGCAGCGGUGAGACGGGCUGCGCGGCCCUCUGUGUGGCUAUAUUACCUACGUGUGCUACAGAUCAGACUGGGACCAGGAGGAAUUUUGUUGUCAGAGAUUAAAAGAAGGUUGUCCAUAUCUGACUUUAAGGAGCAAACAGUAAAACACUGAGCUCUUCAGCUCCACCUUUCUUCUUCUGGGGAUUUGGAAAACCAAGAAGGUUUUGAUGUUUUGUGUGGCGCCACCUGAAUUAGAAACCAAGAUGAACGUAACCAAAGGUGGACUGGUGUUGUUUUCAGCCAAUUCAAAUUCAUCGUGUAUGGAGCUUUCAAAGAAAAUUGCCGAGCGGCUGGGGGUGGAGAUGGGCAAAGUGCAGGUUUACCAGGAACCUAACAGAGAGACAAGAGUACAGAUUCAAGAAUCUGUGAGGGGAAAAGACGUUUUCAUCAUCCAAACAGUUUCAAAGGACGUGAACACCACCGUCAUGGAGCUCCUGAUCAUGGUGUACGCCUGUAAGACCUCCUGUGCCAAGAGCAUCAUCGGCGUGAUCCCCUACUUUCCCUACAGCAAGCAGUGCAAGAUGAGAAAGAGAGGCUCCAUCGUCUCCAAGUUGCUGGCGUCCAUGAUGUGCAAAGCUGGCCUGACUCACCUUAUUACUAUGGAUUUACACCAGAAGGAGAUUCAGGGCUUCUUCAAUAUUCCCGUUGAUAACUUAAGAGCAUCGCCCUUCUUAUUACAGUAUAUUCAAGAAGAGAUCCCGGAUUACAGGAAUGCUGUGAUCGUGGCCAAAUCUCCAGCUUCGGCCAAGAGGGCACAGUCCUUUGCGGAGAGGCUUCGCCUGGGCAUCGCCGUGAUUCACGGGGAGGCGCAGGACGCCGAGUCCGACUUGGUGGACGGGAGGCACUCGCCGCCCAUGGUCAGGAACGCGGCUGCCAUCCACCCCAGCCUGGAGAUCCCCAUGCUGAUUCCCAAAGAAAAGCCCCCAAUCACAGUCGUCGGCGACGUCGGAGGCCGGAUCGCCAUCAUUGUGGAUGACAUUAUCGAUGACGUUGACAGCUUUCUCGCUGCAGCAGAGACCCUGAAGGAAAGAGGUGCCUACAAGAUCUUCAUGAUGGCAACUCAUGGCUUGUUGUCCUCGGAUGCGCCCAGACUGAUUGAAGAGUCUGCCAUCGACGAGGUGGUGGUUACCAACACAAUUCCACACGAAAUCCAGAAACUCCAGUGCCCCAAAAUUAAAACCGUGGACAUCAGCAUGAUCCUUUCAGAAGCCAUCCGUCGGAUUCACAAUGGGGAGUCCAUGUCCUAUCUUUUCAGAAACAUAGGUCUGGAUGACUGAACAGCUUUCUGUUUUCAGAACUCCCAAGGGCCAAACUGGAGAUGUGCAGAAUGGACGCCGUGACUGACCGUGCUUGGUUUCCAGUACGUCACAGGAGCCGUUUGUGUUUUGUUUUGAUUUCCUCCCCCAAAUACCCUUUCUUCUUGUUAAUUCCAGUGAAGGUAGACCAACUUUCUAAAGUGGGUUUGAGUGCUUGUGAGUUUUGCAGGCAGUUUUUACAAAAGAUAAUCUUUAUUCUCCUCUAAAUAAAGUAAAUUAAGACCUGAUUGUGUUUAGUUUAACUAUUUAAAUGAUACUGCUUGGAAUCAGAUUUUUAAGCUCACCAACAGCCUUUUUCCAAAAUGGCUUGAGCCUUAGUACUUAAAAAAGUUAGUAAAAUGAUCUACUUUAUGGUACCUGCAGUUGAAAAGCCAAAAAGAUUAUACUGUUGAAUCCAGGAAAUGACACUUUUAGAAAUGCUUUUAUAUACAAGCAUAUGAAAUAUGGUAUUUAUUUUCUGCAACAAAAGAAGGAAUGAAAACGUGUUUGUGUGCGUGUGUGUUUUUUAACUUUGUGUUUGGCAGGUAUAUAAGUAAAAUAAAAUGAAUGCUGAAUUUAA